CCUGACCCUGCCGCCGCGCUACGGCGGCCCGUGAGGUGCGGAGGGGGCGGGGCUCAGGCCGCCGAACUUCUGCCCUGCAGCCGCUGCCUCGGGCUGCGGCCUGUUCCCGCCCGGCGCGAGCGCGAGCCGGGCCCGGCCCGCGCAGGUGCAGGCAAGGGUCAUCAUGGUGCACCUUGCUCAUCUCCUUAUGAAAAAUUAUCAUGGAGGACACGUCGCUAUCCGAUUGGCUCUUGGCGGCUGUGCCAACAGACCCUUCUUCCGUAUAGUGGCCGCAUAUAACAAGCGAGCACGGGACAGCAAGUAUUUGGAGCAAGUGGGCUGCUAUGACCCACUCCCAAAUAGCCAUAAUGAAAAGCUUGUUGGCUUGAACAUCGAGAGGAUCAAACACUGGAUUGGUUGUGGAGCACAUGUCACAAAACCAGUUGAAAAACUUCUAGGUCUUUCUGGAUUUUUCCCAUUGCAUCCUAUGACGAUCACAAAUGCAGAAAGAUUAAGGAAGAGAAGAGCCUUGAAGGCUGAAACAGCUUCUGAGGAAGAAACUCCAGGUGACCAAUAACAUCUAUCUGAACUGAAUUACUCAAAAGAUUACUGUACAGACAACGAUCAGAACAGGGUGCCAACUAAAAAAGAUAAUAUACGUACCAUAGGCAAAAACGAUAGUGGAUGUGAAUUAUUUCAUAAGAACAUUAAAAUAUUUUGAGGCUUUAGGAGGCCUCAGACAAGGA